AUUAAACCGCGAAGAUGGCUGACUCCGAGGCUCCCGUCACGUUGCGAACUCGCAAGUUCAUCCGCAACCCUCUCCUCGGUCGCAAGCAGAUGGUCGUUGAUAUCCUGCACCCCGGCCGAGCCAACCUCUCCAAGGACGAGCUCCGAGAAAAGCUAUCCGUCAUGUACAAGGCACAGAAGGACCAGAUCUCCGUCUUUGGUCUGCGAACAAAAUUCGGUGGCGGCAAGACCACCGGUUUCGCUCUAGUCUACGAUUCCCCCGAGGCCAUGAAGAAGUUUGAGCCCCUGUACCGACUGGUUCGUGUCGGCCUGGCUACCAGACCUGAGAGACCGUCAAGACAGCAACGCAAGCAGCGCAAGAACCGACAGAAGACCCUACGGGGUACCGCCAAGGUCAAGGGUGCCAAGGCGAAGAAGGAGAAAUAGACGAUGGGCUUCUAGGUGUUCUGGUCUGGUCUUUGCGGAGUGGGAUUUGGCUCGGCUUCGGCACUGGCUCUGUGCAUUAUACGCGAAAAUGCAUCUCUGCAUCCUACAUACUAGUUCUCGACGCGGUACGGUACUAGUGAACUUUCCUCGAGCCGUGACGGAAUGAAUUUGAUGAUUUCCCCCCCACGAUAGGCGAUAGCAUAAAUCAAGGAGUUGUCAUGGCAAUACCCGUUUCUAGUUCAUGUUCUAGUUCAUGAUUCUGGUUCAUACGUGACUUAUUCGCAUCAGAUCGUACUGAGAUCGUACGAGAUCCGCUAAUGGCAUCUGCUAAUAAU